AUGAAUAAGCUCUUUAGCACAGCCGAGACAAGUGUCCUGUACUUCGACGAUGUGAGUCCGAAUGUAGUAACUGAGCUCUACAAGGACAAGCGGGCUCCAGAACGCCUCAGCUCAGUCAUAUCAGUCUGCAACUCCAAGUACUUCAAGCGCGUUUGGACUGCUAUGGAGUUCAUCAGAAGUGAGCGAGUCAGAAUGAUGAUCAGCAACUAUACUUACUUCCCCGACCUCGACGACCCUACAUUCUUGGGCCAGGUCUUCAAGGCCUGGAAGGAUGAGGUUCGCCAACAUGAAAAGGUGCAUGAUCUCGAAAGAAAGGUCGAGAUGGGCAAGAAUCAAGUCCCAUGGAGUCUCGGUCCACUGAGACAGGCAAAGUUACUGAAGAGGAUGAACUUUGCCAUGGCAACUGCUCUGCUCUGCAAGAGAGGUUCUGGUUUUAAGACAGAGUACUAUCGAAUUGCGUGGGAAUGCCUCAAAGUGGGAGACUACUCUCCGCUGUUGAUAACACCUUUUAUGGGAGCUAUCGAAAGACGAGGUCCUGGCCACUGGUCUGAAUUUGGAUACAGUGACGUUUUCACCUGGCAGUUGGGACAAGAAGUGCAUCCGCCAACACUGGGAAAACACACAACGUUUAACGAUUCGGAGCAACGUGUUACUCUUCAUGUGGAAGACAUAGGAACAGUUUCGAUAGUCGGUAGACCAGAGCGGGGUUCGAUGAUGCAAGCCUUUUCGUCUGCCGCGAAGCUAACUUUGGAGAUUGAUGGACCAGAUGUCAAAGAUUUUAUUACAGCCCUGGGAAGAACUCAUACAGGGAGUGCAUCAACCACCAUGGAAAUCCUGGAAGAGAAGAACGAGGUGGACCGUCUGCAAAGAGUUUUGAACAGACUCUACAACAGCCCAGAAAUUCCCUCCUGGCCAUUGGAUGGCAAAGAUAACAUCAAAUGGCUCGCAGACGUGCUAUCAUUCUCCAAAAUCAGACCUGGCGAUGACCAAACUGUUCUGGGAGACAAUGCAGCCAGAUUCGGGACUAUUCACUGCAGACCGUAUGAUUACACCGUUGGUAUCACUUGCACAGGGUGUAAUAGGAUGUUUGCACAUAAGGUCGGGAGUUUCGUCUUACCAACGGAGCUACGAAACGCGAAAGCUUACCGUAUCCCUGGCCUCAAGUAUUUAUGCUCCGAGAAAGACGGUUUAGCAGUCUUGGUGCAAGGGAACAAGGUCGUUGGAAGAAUGAUAUGGGCCACGCCCGCUUGUUCGUGUAGGAAGACAGAGGCGAUAACCCUGAGGAUGCCAGAGUUUUUCUUGCCCAUUGCAUUUUCGAUCAACUAG